AUGGCGAUGAUCAAUCUUCUUCUCUCUUUCCUCUUCUUUCUCACCACCGCCGUCGUUUCACAACCCACCACUGCUCCGCCGUCUCAAGAACCCAUCGCCGCCGCCCCCAUCUCUCCACCCUCUCCUCUUCUUCCAAUCUCCCAAACCCCACCGCCCAAGACUCCUCUCGUCCCUGCCCUCUUCGUCAUCGGCGACUCCUCCGUCGACUCCGGCACCAACAACUUCCUAGGGACAUUCGCACGCGCCGACCGCCUCCCCUACGGCCGUGACUUCGACACCCACCAGCCCACUGGGCGGUUCUGCAACGGCAGAAUCCCAGUCGAUUAUCUUGCAUUGCGGCUUGGGCUUCCUUUUGUACCCAGUUUUCUUGGGCAGACGGGAAGAGUGGAAGAUAUGCUUCAUGGAUUGAACUUUGCUUCUGCUGCUGCUGGAAUUAUAUUCACUAGUGGGUCUGAAUUGGGGCAACAUGUUUCGUUGUCGCAACAGAUUCAGCAGUUUACAGAUACAUAUCAGCAGUUUGUGUUGAGUAUGGGGCAGCAAGCUGCGGUUGAUCUCAUCUCGAAUUCGGUGCUCUACAUUUCGAUUGGAAUAAAUGACUACAUACAUUACUACCUGCGUAAUGAGUCCAACGUGCAAAAUGUAUAUUUUCCCUGGAGUUUCAAUCGGUUUCUAGCAUCCACUGUGAAGCAGGAAAUCAAGAACUUGUACAGCAUUAAUGUCAGGAAGGUGGUUGUGAUGGGUCUGCCACCUAUAGGCUGUGCUCCUCACUACCUAUGUGAGUACGAAGUGAAGGAUGGACAAUGUGUUGAGGAGAUAAACAACAUGGUAAUGGAGUUCAACUUUGUCAUGAGGUAUAUGAUUGGAGAGCUAAAUGAAGAGCUUCCAUAUUCCCAUAUCAUCUUCUGUGAUGUGUUCCAAGGAUCCAUGGAUAUGUUAAAGAACUCUGAACAAUACGGUUUUAAAGUCACCACCGAUGCCUGCUGCGGAUUGGGUGACUACAAGGGUUUUCUCAUGUGCUUAUCACCAGACAUGGCUUGCAGUAAUGCUUCUGACCACAUCUGGUGGGACCAAUUCCAUCCAACUGAUACAGUUAACGCCAUUCUGGCUGAUAAUGUCUGGAAUGGCCUGCACACGAAAAUGUGCUAUCCGAUGAACUUGGAGGAUGUGGUGGCAUCGACAUACUAA